CAAAGAAUCGUCCUAACCACCGUUCGAAUAGAAAAGUUUGCCAACUUGUAGCAGUCAUCAUCAUCUUCAUAACUCAUCAUUACAUCGUAAUUAUAAUCAUGUCAUUAGCAAACAAUAUUGAAUAUGAUUAUUUAAUGAAAUUUCUGGCACUUGGCGAUUCAGGUGUAGGAAAGACAAGUUUUCUGUAUCAAUACACAGAUGGACAAUUUCAUUCGCAAUUCAUCUCAACAGUGGGUAUUGAUUUCCGGGAAAAAAGAGUGCUCUAUACUUCCAGAGGUCGUAAUCAUCGCAUUCAUUUGCAGCUGUGGGAUACUGCGGGCCAAGAAAGAUUUAGAUCCCUUACCACGGCAUUUUAUAGAGAUGCCAUGGGCUUUCUAUUGAUUUUUGAUUUAACCAAUGAAAAAUCAUUCCUGGAAAUUACAAACUGGUUGGAACAACUGCGAAUACAUGCCUAUUCCGAGGAUCCGGAUGUUGUAUUAUGUGGCAACAAGUGUGAUUUGGAUACAUAUCGUGUCGUGUCUCGGGAACAGGUAUCUGCAUUUGCCGAACGCUACAAUUUACCAUAUAUCGAAACUAGUGCGAGUACGGGCUACAACAUUCGUCAGGCAGUCGAAUUACUCGUUGGCCGAGUAAUGGAUCGUAUGGAGAAUUCUGUAGAAAAUUCCGAGCUAACACGUCUAAUGACUCAAACUCGUUUAACAAGUUUUCAAACAUUGAAAUUAGCCCUCCAAAAAGAUGAACAAAAUGCUCACGACUCACGACAAGCAAAAAACACUUGUGGUUGUUAAAGAAUACUACUAAUAAUUAAGAAAAGCUUUUUGAAAUGCAUAUCUCGAUAUCGAGUAUUAUGUCAAGUCGAAAAAAGUACAUUAUUUAAAAACUCUAGGAAGGUUAUUUUGUAAUUCGUUUCGAAAAGAAAAUCGUUCGAUUUUAUAUUGUAUUGCAUAUCGAAACUGUUUUCCUCCAAAUCGAAUUACACUAUAGCACCCCGGGGCUAUAUAUACGUACAUAUGUAUAUACAACAAUAUCUCAUUACCGACACCAUUUACUACAUACAUACCUCUAGAAUGGAAAAUUAUUAAAAUUAAGUAGAUGUACAAUAAUGAAUGAUCGAUAUCUCUUAAAUGUUAAAUAUUUUGUCACAAAUUAGACUACAUUUGACGAGAGAUGAUUUCCAUUAUGUUUUAAAUCAUUCAGAUUACUAAAGGUUUGUUUGACAUUAGUUGUGUUCGCGUACUUGAUAAUUUGUACAAAUUAUCACUGGAAGUUACGGGUUUCCGUUCGUUUACUUUUAAAAACUUGUAACGAGAGAGCAAG